GCUUCCUAAGGCUUGAGAUUUUAUUUUGUGCUUGGAGAGAAUUAAGGCAAUAGUCUUCUGUUGUUCUGUGGUCCAGUUUGUCUGCGCCAUGAAACGAUUGGCCGACGAAACUGGUCUCGCCGCUGCUACCACGGCGAAGCCCGUCUUCCUCUCCAAAGCUGAGCGUGAGCAGUUAGCCCUUCAACGCCGCCAGGAACAGGUCGCAGAACAAAGACGCCACUCCGAACACCUCCAUCAGCCAAACCGCUCCGGCACGCCCUCCGCCAACAAAUCUUCUGAUCCUUCUGCCGCUCUCGAUGUCCGCCACCACCACCGAUAUUCUCGCGAUCGGGACCGCGAGCGCGAUCGAGACCGUGAACGCGAUCGUGACCGCGAUAAUGAGCGGCGGAACCGCGAAAAGGAACGCGAAGAAGAGGCCAAGGUCCGAGAGCGGGCUCGCUUGGAUAAGCUAGCUGAGCGAGAGAGGGAUAAAGAGCUUGAUGCCAUCAAAGAGCAGUAUCUUGGAUCGAAGAAGCCCAAGAAACGGGUCAUUAAACCUAGUGAGAAGUUUCGUUUUUCCUUCGAUUGGGAGAACACUGAAGACACAUCUCGCGAUAUGAAUUCCCUCUAUCAAAACCCUCACGAGGCUCGCCUCCUGUUUGGACGAGGUUUUCGUGCCGGCAUGGAUCGGAGGGAGCAGAAAAAGCUUGCUGCCAAAAACGAGAAAGAAUUGAGAGAGGAAAUCCGGAAGAAGGAGGGUGUUGAGGAGAAGCCAGAGGAGGCUGCAGCUCAGCGGCUUAAAGAAGAAGCUGCUGAUUUAUAUGAUACUUUUGAUAUGAGGGUCGAUAGACAUUGGACUGAGAAGAAGCUUGAAGAAAUGACUGAGAGGGAUUGGAGAAUUUUCAGGGAGGAUUUCAACAUAUCUUAUAAGGGCUCGAGGAUUCCUCGGCCAAUGAGGAGUUGGGUAGAGAGCAAAUUGAGCACGGAGUUGUUGAAGGCUGUGGAGAGGGCAGGGUAUAAGACACCAUCUCCAAUUCAGAUGGCAGCUAUUCCAUUGGGGCUGCAGCAGCGUGAUGUGAUUGGCAUUGCGGAGACUGGUUCAGGUAAGACAGCUGCAUUUGUUCUUCCCAUGUUGACUUACAUUUCUAGGCUCCCUCUAAUGACAGAAGAGAACGAGGCAGAGGGACCCUAUGCUGUUGUUAUGGCUCCCACUCGAGAACUUGCGCAGCAGAUUGAGGACGAGACAGUGAAGUUUGCGCAUUAUUUGGGUAUCAAAGUGGUUUCCAUUGUUGGUGGGCAGUCAAUUGAAGAACAAGGAUUUAAAAUCAGACAAGGGUGUGAGGUUGUGAUUGCAACUCCUGGACGUCUGAUUGAUUGUCUGGAGAGGCGUUAUGCUGUGUUGAAUCAGUGCAAUUAUGUUGUUCUUGAUGAAGCUGAUCGCAUGAUAGACAUGGGUUUUGAGCCACAGGUGGUGGGCGUCUUAGAUGCCAUGCCGUCGAGCAAUUUGAAACCAGAGAACGAAGAUGAAGAGCUUGAUGAGAAAAAGAUUUACAGGACCACUUAUAUGUUCAGUGCUACCAUGCCGCCAGCUGUGGAGAGGCUUGCAAGAAAGUAUUUAAGAAAUCCGGUUGUGGUUACAAUUGGUACUGCUGGAAAGGCUACUGACUUAAUUAGUCAGCAUGUGGUCAUGAUGAAGGAAUCAGAGAAAAUGUAUAAGUUGCAGAAGUUGUUGGAUGAACUUGGAGAUAAGACAGCUAUUGUGUUCAUUAACACUAAGAAGGCUGCUGAUACUCUUUCAAAGGGUUUGGAUAAGGCAGGUUAUCGUGUAACAACUUUGCAUGGUGGAAAGUCACAGGAGCAGAGGGAAAUUAGUCUUGAAGGUUUUAGGACAAAGAGAUAUAAUGUACUUGUUGCAACAGAUGUUGCUGGGCGUGGUAUUGAUAUACCUGAUGUGGCUCAUGUCAUAAACUAUGAUAUGCCUGGGAAUAUUGAAAUGUACACACAUCGUAUUGGGCGUACUGGCCGUGCUGGGAAAACUGGUGUUGCCACAACAUUCUUGACUCUGCAGGACUCUGAUGUUUUCUAUGAUCUCAAGCAGAUGCUUAUUCAGAACAAUAGUCCUGUGCCGCCUGAACUGGCAAGACAUGAAGCUUCUAAGUUCAAACCAGGAACAAUUCCAGACAGACCCCCUAGGCGCAAUGACACUGUUUUUGCUCAUUAAAAAGUUUGAGGUUUUGGAUGACUUAUUAGUGAAGCAUGCAACACAUAUGACGAUAUUAGUGUUUGAAUCACUUAGAUUUCUGUAAUGGAUGAAUACUUAGACUUCAGUAAUGGAUGAGUGCAAAACACAGGUGGCUGCGGGCUGAGUUCAGUUUUGAUUGGACACAAAGAACUAUCCUAAGACUUUAACUCCAGAAUGCAUGGAAGUGGUUACCAGUGCCUUUCCUUAAUGCUGCUGUGGGAUGGCACAUGCCACGCCGUUAAUUAGUACAACAGCAUCUAACAGGUGGAAUUCACAAUAUUAAUGGUUGAGGAUUUGUGAUUUGCCUUCCUGUUUUCCCCCUGAUUUAUGCUGUAGUUCAAUUAGAUCAUUUAGCGUGUGUUAUGUUGAGGCUUCAAUAUCCUUUUUUUAAAA